AUGGCUGCUCCAGUGAAGAAGCGAGGCCCGACCGUGCUGGUCACGGAUGCGCGCGAACAGCAGCCUCAGCGGCCCAGCACUCUGCCUCGCACUGGCACUACCAAACUUAUAUCCGUCGACAAUGUUUUGCAGUUCUCCUCCGAUAUCCCUUCUGCACAGAGACGUGGUCCUCCAGGCGGACUCCGACCCGCACAACAUACGCGCACUCCAAGCGGCCGACACCCUCUGGAUCCGAAACUAGCAGGCCGUUCUCUCGCCAUUCCGGUCGGCGGCCCUCACAUCCCAGCCCGAAGCUCGAAAGUUAGCGAAAAGCUCGUCCUGCUGCCUGAAACAAACGAAAAGACCCCAUCAGAGGAAGACGAGGACGAAGAUGACGCUCCACCAUCAGACGAACAAAUCCGCCGCCGAAAGUCUCCUAGAGUUGGCGACAAGAGUUAUGCCGAGCGCCUCUCAAAAGCAAGUCGUGCAGACAAACUGGCCAGAGUAACGGCCUACUGUACUGCUCAGAGCUACCGAUUACGUGCUACGGCCGACUUUGUACGAGAGCAACACGGUGCCCGCACAAAACUCUACGACGACUGUCUGUAUGCUGUCUAUCAGCUUCCUCUUCUUGGUGGCAGUGAUGGCUAUCGCAUUCGCAGUAGUCCUGUUCUGAAAAACCCUGGUGGUAGAAGCAUUCUGGACGAACAGAUCGAGGCCAACGAGCGCCGCGACCAUCGAGAAGGCUGGAUGGAGGAGAGUGAUGAAUACACGGUCCAUGGUAAUGCCCGCGAUCAUGAAGAGCCAAACUUCCGCCGUCACAGCCACUCUAGUGAUUUGUCAAGUGGAGGACAUGGUACCAUCGCCGAUGCUGUGUCUGUUGCCGAACUCUUCGUCUUUAGCUACGGUGUCGCUGUUUUCUGGAACUUCACCGCACAUCAAGAAAAGGACAUUCUGGCCGACUUGACGUUUAGCAGCUCUUCACACAUUCCCACAAAGCUCAGCAGUACUUCUUCACCAACGCUAACCACAACCUUGAGCCUGGUUUCACGGCCGCUUAGCGAAGCCGACUUUGAGACUGAAGACUUCCACUUCGAAUACAAUGAUGAGAUCGACAAGCCACGCAUUUUCAACGAUAUGAUUACGUUACGUACCAGCGAUCAUAUGAUCAAGCUGGCUAUGAGCCAUGCCAUCUCACAAUCGACAAAACUCAGCUAUUUUGAGGAACGCAUGCAGCGCACCAUGUCAGAAGCACAAUACGUCCCUCGCAAACUAGCACUCGAAGGACAGCUAGGUAUGAGCCGCAGUCAAGUUGUCAGUCUCGUUGGCAAGCUCUUCCAAGGUCGCGUCGACGUCAAUCUCAGCUCAAAUAUGCUCGACACACCGAACUUCUUCUGGGACAGUGAACCAACAUUACUGCCACUCUAUGCUGCCGUCCGCGAGUAUCUCGAAAUCAAGCCACGCAUUCAAGUUUUGAACGAACGCUGCAAGGUCUUCUUGGAUCUCGCUGAAAUCCUGUCUGACGCCAUCGCCGAUACCAAGAUGACAAAGAUUACGUGGAUUGUCAUUGUGCUGAUUGUCAUAUCUAUUUUGGUCACUUGCUCAGAAGUGAUUCUACGAUUCGCUAUCUUGAGCAAGGGUGAAGGAAAAGGAGCUGCCAUCCCGAGUUCGAGGGAGCUGUGA